AUGAAGAGCACCUUACUUCUGCCACUCGCCCUGAUAGCUCAGGCAGCAAAUUCUCUCACACUCAACCGGCGAGAUGAGCCUGCCACUGUUGGCUUCAACCUGGCACGCAACAACAUCAUAGACCCUAUACAACGAGAGCAUUUUCGACAAAAGAGAGAAUCGAAUGCCAGCGCAGACCUUGUCAAUGUGCAAGACAUGAAUCUCUAUUAUUUCAACCUAACUGUGGGCACACCUGGACAGUCAGUUUCGGUCGGCCUGGACACCGGCAGUAGCGAUCUAUGGGUGAUAUCCUCCGAGUCUACUGGUUGUAUGGGCUCAAACGAGGAUUGUGGGAUUCUUGGCACGUAUGAUCUCAGCAACUCCUCCACGUCUAAGCAGCUUCAUCAGAGUUUCAACAUCAGCUAUCUCGAUGGCUCUGGGGCCACUGGAGAGUAUGUGAAAGACACGUUAAAGUUCGGGGAUGUGACCCUAAAAGACUUUCAGUUUGCUGUGGGGCAUGAAACCGACUCGCCUCAAGGAAUACUGGGUAUAGGAUAUGCCACCAAGGAAGCUAGUGACACUAUGUACGAUAACUUCCCACAAGCUUUGGUCAAAGCAGGCUAUAUCAAAUCUGCGGCCUACAGCUUAUGGCUGAAUGAUCUUAAGACGCACCAAGGCAGCAUUCUUUUCGGUGGUGUGGACACUUCCAAGUACACGGGGGAUCUCCAGACACUACCAAUUGUGCCCACCUAUGGUCAAUACGGCGAGCUCGCCAUCACACUCACCGGCAUGUCCCUGCAGAAGGAUGACUCGAACAAAACCUACGGCCCCUCUGAUCUACCUGUCUAUGUGGUCCUGGACUCUGGAUCCACUGUGAACAUUCUUCCCGAUUCGAUUGCCGACAGUAUUUUCGAGGAUGUCGGUGCCAAGUACAACUCAUCGAGUGGUUACGCUACUGUUCCCUGCCGCUUGAGAGGCGAGAACUACAACCUCACCUACACCUUCUCAGGUGUUGACAUCACGGUCGGCAUCAGCGAACUGGUUCUGUCUCCAACUGGAGAUAAUCAAUCGACGUGCAUGCUGGGCAUUGUUCACGCAGGAAAGGGCAUGACCAUACUUGGUGACCCGUUCCUCCGCGGCGCGUAUGUGGUCUACGACCUUGCCAACAAUGAAAUCUCCUUGGCCAAUGCCAACUUCAAUCCGGGCAAAGAAAACAUUCUAGAAAUUGGAACAGGCGAUGAUUCGGUACCACAGGCCACUAAAGUAGCCUCUCCCGUCACCACUGCCGCCAAUUCUGUCGGUGGGCUUGGUGUAACUUCUACCGGUACGAACACAUCGGGGGUAGGUCUGACAGUCAGCAAACCGCACUUGUCCCUUGCCAUACUAGCAGGAGCUGCUCUCUUUUUGGUAAUCUAG